AUGGAUAGACGCACUCCUUACACCCUGAGCGUUCUUGCGCCCAGUACCAAUGGUGCUGAAGAGUCCCGAACGACUAUUCAGAAUAAAUUAAAAGAUUUCGUCCUGGAAUUUCAGCUGGACAAUGCAUUCAUCUACCGUGAUCAACUACGCCAAAACGUGCUAGUAAAGCAAUAUUACUGCGAUAUUGACAUUGCUCAUCUCAUUUCAUACAACGAGGAGUUGGCGCACAAACUCACCACUGAGCCCGCCGACAUCAUCCCCUUGUUCGAAUCAGCUCUUCGAGACUGUACCCGUCGCAUUGUCUUCUCUGGCCAGCGCGAAAUCACACUCCCUUCUCAUCAACUUCUUCUUCACUCAUCGGCAUCCCAUAUCUCCAUCCGCGACCUGAACGCCACUAAUAUUUCUCACCUCGUCCGCAUUCCCGGUAUUGUCAUUGGCGCCUCCACCAUCUCUUCCAAAGCAACGGAGGUGCACAUUCGCUGCAAGACUUGUGACCAUGGCGAAACUAUUUCUGUCGACGGUGGAUUCGCUGGCUUAACCCUUCCCAGACGUUGCGGUCGUUCCAAGGAGCCUGGUGAUCAGCCCGGUGACCAGUGUCCCCUUGACCCUUACGUUGUUCACCACGAAAAAUGUCACUUCGUGGAUCAGCAAGUCCUCAAGCUCCAGGAGGCACCUGAUCAAGUACCAGUGGGCGAGUUGCCCCGCCAUGUUCUGAUUUCCGCCGAUCGCUAUCUCGCAAACCGUGUCGUUCCUGGUUCUCGCUGCACCGUCAUGGGUAUCUUUUCCAUCUACCAGGCAAAGGGCGGCAAGAAGGAGGCUGCUGUCGCUAUCCGUAAUCCAUACUUGCGAGCUGUUGGUCUCAACACUGAUAUGGAUCAAACUGCGAAGGGAAACUCUGUUUUCUCGGAGGAAGAGGAGCAAGAGUUUUUGGAAUUGAGCCGCCGUCCUGAUUUGUAUGAUGCUAUGGCUCGCAGCAUUGCGCCAUCUAUCUACGGCAAUGUUGACAUGAAGAAGGCGAUUGUAUGCCUGCUCAUGGGAGGUUCAAAGAAAAUUCUUCCUGAUGGGAUGAAGCUUCGUGGUGAUAUUAACGUUCUCAUGCUGGGUGACCCUGGUACUGCCAAGUCCCAGUUGCUGAAGUUCGUCGAGAAGGCAGCCCCGAUCGCCAUCUACACAUCCGGAAAGGGUUCUUCGGCGGCUGGUUUAACUGCCUCUGUGCAGCGCGACCAUAACACCCGCGAGUUCUACCUGGAAGGUGGUGCCAUGGUGCUUGCUGAUGGAGGUGUUGUUUGUAUUGAUGAGUUUGACAAGAUGCGUGAUGAGGACCGAGUGGCUAUUCACGAAGCUAUGGAGCAACAGACUAUCUCUAUUGCGAAGGCAGGUAUCACAACCAUCCUUAACUCGCGAACUUCCGUCUUGGCUGCUGCUAACCCGGUCUUUGGUCGUUAUGAUGACCUCAAGACCCCUGGUGAGAAUAUCGACUUCCAGACCACUAUCCUUUCUCGUUUCGAUAUGAUCUUCAUUGUUCGUGAUGAUCAUGAGCGGGGACGUGAUGAGAGAAUCGCUCGUCACGUCAUGGGUGUGCACAUGGGCGGCCGUGGUAUGGAAGAACAAGUCGAGGCCGAGAUUCCGGUUGACCAAAUGAAGCGCUAUAUUAGCUACUGUCGCAGCCGCUGCGCUCCUCGCCUCUCUCCAGAGGCUGCUGAGAAGCUCUCUUCUCACUUCGUGUCCAUUCGCAAGCAAGUCCAUCGAUCUGAGAUGGAGUCCAACACUCGGUCAUCGAUCCCCAUUACUGUCCGUCAGCUUGAGGCUAUUGUCCGUAUCACCGAGUCUCUCGCCAAGUUGUCACUUUCCCCAAUUGCUACCGAAGCCCAUGUCGACGAGGCCAUCCGACUGUUCUUGGCAUCUACCAUGGAUGCUGUGACACAGGGCGAGGGUCAAGGCAGCAAGGAGCUUAUGGAGGAAGCAUCCAAGAUUGAAGAUGAGCUCAAGCGUCGCCUUCCUGUUGGAUGGAGUACCAGUCUUGCAACCCUGCGUCGGGACUUCGUUGAUACUAAGAAUUAUAGCGAGCCGGCCCUUAAUCGCGCAUUGAAUGUGUUGCAACGGCGGGAAACGAUCCAGAUCCGCUCCGGUGGUUCACAAAUCUACCGCAAUGCUGCAUAA